UAUUUUUUGUCUGCCAACCACUUAAAAACACACACAACAUAUAUAUAUAUAUACAUGUUCAGAAUAAAAUCUUUUCCUUCUGCUUCGAAGUCUCAAUAACGCCAUCAUGCUUUCAACAUCAGCCUGGCGCAGCAUUUCGCGUAGUCCUUUACGAUGGUAUAUGCUAUCAUCCAAAGCUGGUUACGCGGGGAUACCAGCUCCUAUAACGAACCCUGACAUCGCUCAGUCUAAGAUUUUUAUAAACAACGAAUUUGUGAAUUCCGCCAGUGGCAAAACAUUUCAAACUUUGAACCCAUCCAAUGGAGAUGUCAUUUGUGAAGUUGCUGAAGGAGAUAAGGCAGAUAUUGACAAAGCAGUGGCUGCUGCCAAAGAUGCUUUCAGACUGGGAUCACCAUGGAGAAGAAUGGAUGCCUCAGACCGUGGCAAUUUAAUGUACAAACUGGCAGAUUUAAUUGAAAGAGACAAGAAUUACAUUGCGUCUUUAGAAACUCUUGAUAAUGGUAAAACCUACACCCAGUCUUACCUUGUUGAUGUUGCUGCUGUUGUUAAUACUUACAGAUAUUAUGCUGGCUGGGCUGACAAAAACCAUGGAAAAACUAUUCCUAUCCGUGGAGACCACUUCACCUACACAAGACAUGAACCUGUUGGAGUCUGUGGACAAAUUAUUCCUUGGAACUUCCCUUUGUUGAUGCAAGCAUGGAAGCUUGGACCUGCCCUGGCUCUAGGAAACACAGUUGUGAUGAAAACAGCUGAGCAGACACCCCUCAGUGCUCUUUAUAUUGCACAGCUUGCUGUAGAGGCUGGUUAUCCUCCUGGUGUUCUGAAUAUUGUCCCUGGCUAUGGGCCAACAGCUGGAGCUGCUCUUGCUAAACACAUGGAUGUUGAUAAAAUUGCUUUUACUGGUUCUACUGAAAUUGGGAAAAUUGUUUCAGUCAUGGCCACAGAGAGUAAUUUAAAAAGAGUAACUUUGGAACUUGGUGGUAAAAGUCCAAAUAUAGUAUUUGCUGAUGCCAAUAUGGAUCUUGCUGUUGAGACUUGCCACCUCGGUCUGUUCUUCAACCAAGGUCAGUGUUGCUGUGCCGGUUCCAGAAUAUUUGUAGAGGAAAAGGUCUACGAUGAAUUUGUUGAACGCAGUGUUGAGCGAGCUAGACGGAAAGUAGUUGGAGAUCCUUUUGAUCGUUCUUCUGAACAAGGUCCACAGGUUGACCAGGAACAACUGACAAAGAUCCUUUCUCUGAUUGAAAGUGGUAAACAAGAAGGAGCAAAACUAUGUACAGGUGGUGCCAGACAUGGUGAUAAAGGGUAUUUCUUGCAGCCAACUGUAUUUGCUGAUGUACAAGAUAACAUGAGGAUUGCCCAAGAAGAAAUCUUUGGUCCAGUAAUGCAGAUAAUGAAAUUCCGUGAUAUGAACGAGUUAAUUGAGAGGGCUCACAACACCAUAUAUGGCUUGGCUGCUGCUGUUAUGACAACAGAUCUUGACAAAGCACUUCACAUAUCAAACUCACUCAGAGCAGGAACUGUUUGGGUCAACUGCUUUGAUGUUUUGGAUACUGCUGCACCUUUUGGUGGCUACAAGAUGUCAGGAAAUGGACGAGAACUUGGAGAAUAUGGACUUGAAAAUUACACUGAAGUGAAAACUGUUACCAUUAAAGUGCCUCCGAAGAAUUCUUAAAUUGAAGUUUUGCAGACUCAAAAAUACAAGCAACUUCUACGUAUUCAUAAAUUUUCUUUCUCUCUCUCUCUCUCUCUCUCUCUCUCUCUCUCUCUCUCUCACACACAUAUAUAAAGUGUGUGUGUGUGUAUAUGUUCAAAAAUGCAAUAAAAACCUUCUCAAAAGGAACAAAUUUUAGUAGGAAUACUUGCACACAGAUAUAAUGAACUGAAAAAUGGGUGUUUAAUGUGUAUUGAUAGUGUGUGGAAUAUUCAAUUGUCUGCAGAAGAUAAAUGAAUAUAUAUGGUCGCACACAUAUAUUUUUUUUAUUAUAUUUUUCUCCUUAAGAAAUCCUACAGAAUAUCUCUGUAGAAUAAUCAUGUAUUACAAGAAAUAAAGAGCUUAUACUUUUUA